AUGUCACAAGGUACUUUAUAUACUUUAGAUGUUUCACCAAGAUCAUACGUUUUAGUUGAUUUAAUCAAAUACUUUGGUUUAGAUAUCAAAUGUACUUCAGAAAAAGAUGAAAAAUUUACUACUAAUUUCCCGUUAGGUAAAACUCCAGCUUUUAUUGGUGCUAAAAAUUUCAAAUUAACUGAAUUCUUAGCUAUUCAAUCAUAUUUAUUUUCAUUAUUACCUAAAGAAAAAUUAGGUAAUUGGUUAGGUAAAAAUAAUCAACAAUAUGCUUCAAUUUUAAAAUAUUUAUCAUUAAUUAAUCAAGAAUUUAUUGGAGCUUUCAUUCCAAACUUAAAAAUGAUCACUGGUAAAGCACCAUACAACAAAAAAGCUUUAGAUGAAAAUGCUAUUAAAAUUGAUGAAAUUUCUCAAAUUUUAGAAUCAAGAUUAAAAGAAUUUACUUAUUUAGUUGGUGAAAGAUUAACAUUUGCUGAUAUUUUCACUGCUGCUGCUUAUUCAUUUGCUUUAUCAACCAUUUUAGGUGAACCAUUUGUUAAAAAAUAUCCAAAUAUCGGUAGAUGGUUUGUUACUGUUUCAAAAUCAAAAUUUUUUGGUGAUAGAUUUGCUGAAUUUGUUAUUCCAAAAGAACCAUUAACUUAUACUGCACCAAAGAAAGAAAAAGCUAAAAAAGAAUCACCAGCACCACAAGCUGCUAAAAAAGAAGCUAAACCAGAUGCUGCUAAAGAAGUUACUGAAGAACCAGCUGCUGCUCCAAAACCAAAACAUCCAUUAGAAGCUUUAGGUAAACCAAAAGCUCCAUUAGAUGAAUGGAAAAGAGUUUAUUCAAAUGAAGAAACUAGAGAAACUGCUAUUCCAUGGUUUUGGAAAAAUAUGUAUGAUCCAGAAGAUUGGUCAUUAUAUAAAGUUGAUUAUAAAUAUAAUGAUGAAUUAACUUUAACAUUCAUGUCAAACAACUUGGUUGGUGGUUUCUUUAACAGAUUAUCUGCAUCAACUAAAUAUAUGUUUGGUUGUAUGGUUGUUUAUGGUGAAAAUAAUAAUAACGGUAUUACUGGUGCAUUUUUAGUUAGAGGUCAAGAUUAUAAACCAGCUUUUGAUGUUGCUCCAGAUUGGGAAUCAUAUGAAUUCACUAAGUUAGAUGGCUCAAAAGAAGAAGUUCAAAAAUUUGUUAACAAUAUGUUAGCUUGGGAUGAACCAGUUGUUGUUAACGGUGAAUCAAGAGAAAUUGCUGAUGGUAAAGUUUUUAAAUAG